UUCUAUAUAUACCGUUCGAAAGCGACCGACAAUGACCGACUUUAUUACAUCACUGUAAGAAGUAACGAGUGUAUAGUUCAACCUUUCAUACACUUGAAGUACAUACAAUGUGUUUACAAUUUUCUUACGAACCUCGAACAUGAUUUUUACAGCAGUGUUUGUGAUUUUGUUGUCAAUUUUUCUUUUAACAAAUCGGAGAUACCGGUGGUUUUAUAUUAUUUACAAAACUUUAGGACGCGAUGUCCGGGCCGGCAUAAGGUUCACGAUCUUAAACUUCCAACUAUGGCGUUACGAAAAAACCAACCAAACCGUUGCGAAAAUUUUCACAAAACUCGUCGCAAAACACCCCCAGAAAGUCGCUUUCUACUUCGAAAGCGAAAUUUGGACUUUUGAAGACGUGGACAAAUAUAGCAACAAAAUCGCCCAUUAUUUCAAAAAUGAAGGUUUUAAAAGGGGCGACGCUGUGGCCCUUGUACUCGAAUCUCGCCCCGAAUAUGUAACACUUUGGCUCGGUUUGGCCAAAAUUGGGGUCGUUACGGCCCUGAUCAACAGUAAUCUCGUUGCCGAUCCGUUGGCACACUCGAUCCAAGUGGCGGAUGCCAAAGCUGUGGUUUAUGGAUCUGAUUUUGCAAAAGGAAUCAACGAUAUUUCGGGUAAAAUCCCCAAAGUCAAGCUUUACCAAUUUGGUAAAAGCGACCAAUUGUUGCCAAACUCUGUCGAUUUGAUAAAAGAAUUAGAGAAGGAACAAGACGGACCAUUGACUUCCGAUAUCAAAAGUGGCAAACCUAGAGACAAACUAUUAUUUAUUUUUACAUCAGGAACCACAGGCUUGCCCAAAGCUGCAGUGAUAACAAAUUUAAGGUUUUUCUUCAUGGCUUUGGGCAUUCGCUACAUGGCUGUUAUCACCGAAGAUGAUAUUAUUUACGACCCUUUGCCACUGUAUCACAGUGCUGGGGCCAUAGUCGGAGUAGGACAGUGUAUCCUAAAAGGCACAACAGUCGUGAUACGAAAAAAAUUCUCAGCGUCGUAUUUCUGGGUCGACUGUAUUAAAUACAGAUGCACGGUUGCCCAGUAUAUCGGCGAAAUCUGCCGCUACCUCCUCGCCGCCCACGCCUCCGACGACCGCUCCAUCCCCCACCAGGUCACAAAGAUGCUCGGAAACGGCCUCCGCCCCCAAAUUUGGAACAAAUUCGUGACCCGAUUUGGCGUAAAAGAAGUUUACGAAUUUUACGGCGCCACUGAAGGCAACUCCAACUUAAUCAACAUUGACAGUAAAGUGGGGGCUGUGGGUUUCGUCCCUCGCUACGCCUCAAUUUUCUACCCCGUCACACUGAUAAAAUGUGACGAGGAGACCGGGGCCCCAAUUCGUAACAGCGACGGUUUUUGCCAACGUUGCGAUCCGGGCGAGCCCGGAGUUUGCAUCGGGAUUGUCAAUCCGAAGAAAACCGUCAACGAUUUCGCCGGUUACGCUGAUAAGAAAGCCACCGAGAAAAAACUAAUCGAGAAUGUGUUCAAAAAAGGCGAUCGUUAUUUCAAUUCUGGCGAUAUUUUGAUCCAGGACGAGUUCGGUUAUUACUUUUUUAAGGACAGGACGGGCGAUACGUUCAGGUGGAAGGGCGAAAAUGUCGCAACUUCGGAAAUUGAGGCUGUUAUUAGCAAUAUUGUGGAUCUGAGCGAUGCCAUAGUUUAUGGUGUUGAAAUUCCCGGAACUGAGGGACGGGCUGGAAUGGUCGCGAUCGUUGACCGGAAUAAUACUCUCAAUAUGAAACAGUUUUGUUUAGGUUUGAAAAAUAAUUUGCCCUCCUAUGCGGUGCCAAUUUUCGUUAGAGUUAUGACCACGGUUCCUAUGACAGGGACCUACAAGUUGAAGAAAACUGAACUGCAGAAGGAAGGGUUUAACUUGGAGAAAAUCCAAGAUAAGUUGUUCUUGUACGAUGCCAAAAAUGUGGAUUAUAUUGAACUGACCAAGGAGAAAUACCAUGACAUUAUGACAGGGAAAGUAAGGCUGUAAUUAGUGCAAAUUGUGUAGUAUUUAAAUACAGUUUUGGUUGUUUUA